AUGACUUUAUCGUCACCGAUAUCAAAAUGCAGGCGUAUGCCAUGGCUCUUCGCCAUAUAUAUCGUCGGGAGUCUCAAUUACGCCAUUACAGCUGCCGCUAAACAUGGACGCAGCCGCAUCAACUUGGCACAGGCUCCCGCCCCGACGCCAGCCCCCGACCUGCUCGCCCGAAAAGAUCAAGCAAGCAACAAGGGGCCCUUCACGACAGAGAUGGCCACCUGCGGCUUCUGGGACGGCGGUCUUUUGCUUCCAAACGACUGGCCCGGGCACACUUGUCGCCUAGAGUCAAGUCUCAGCAUGUACCACUGGUGUCCGACUAGCAUCACCAAAGGUCACAAGGAUUACAAAAGCUGCGCACCCAUCGCCAGAUGUCAUGAUUUGUACGACUGCUAUAAGGAUUGUGGGGCAUCCGGGUCUGUGAGGGAAGCAUUAACCGUCACAUGCACGGAAACAAGCCGUGCCUGCUUUGUCGAUUCCUUUACUCUCGGCCCGGGAACGAUAUACUCCGAGAGGGGAUGUGCUUUGAUCAACGGGGAGUUGACAAGGCACAUGUCAACCAACACUCUGGGGAGAUGA